GUUUAUGUCCGUAGAUUUCGACAACAUUACACCAAAAUCAACCUCACCUAAUUCUCUCUUAACCGCUCCAAAUUUACAAAAAACCCAUCCUUUUCAGUUUUCACUUACAAGAUGAUUCUAUUUCCACCCCUUUCUUCUUUCUUCACAGCCCAUAUACAGGAUAUUAUUAUUAUAUUUCUUUAAUUUAUUUUUCUUUCCCUUCUUUUUCCUCAGUUUCUUCGAUUUGUUGAUCUGCUUUUUUUGGGUGAGAAAUAAGUUACUGUUGAUCGGUCACUCAUGAGUUAGCUCAUGGCCUCCAAUCUUUCAUUCGCAAUCCUAGUGAGAGAGAAGAGAGAGAACGUUUUCGAUUUCGAUUUCGAUUCCUCUAGGCUGAAAGAUAGUUAAUUUGUAUAAUUUCCUAUGUAUAGAUUAUAGGCUGGGGAUAUAGAAACCCAUCAGAUAUAAUUUGUGGGUUCGUUUGUUUUUGGCAUGGGGUGUUUUCCAUGCUUUGAUUCAUCAAACAAAGAAGGAAAUGGUGUAAAGGAAGUGUCUAAAAAGGAUAUUGGGAAAGAAGGUUCGGCUCCUCAUCAAUCUCAUCAUGUCAGUAGGGUUAGUUCAGGAAAAUCAAAAUCCCGUGUUAGUUUGGAUCCUAAGAAGGACCAGAUGGUUACAAAAGAUGGACAAACAGCAAACAUUGCAGCACAAACGUUUACUUUUCGUGAGCUUGCUGCAGCAACAAAGAACUUUCGCCCUGAGUCUAUGUUAGGAGAAGGUGGUUUUGGGCGUGUUUACAAAGGUCGUUUGGAUAGCACAGGACAGGUAGUUGCUGUGAAGCAGCUUGAUAGAAAUGGUCUUCAAGGGAAUAGAGAGUUUUUGGUGGAGGUUCUUAUGCUUAGCCUGUUACAUCACCCAAAUCUUGUGAAUUUGAUAGGUUAUUGUGCAGAUGGAGAUCAACGCCUCCUAGUUUAUGAGUUUAUGCCUUUGGGAUCACUUGAAGAUCAUUUACACGAUCUUCCACCAGACAAAGAACCUUUAGACUGGAACACAAGAAUGAAAAUUGCUGCUGGUGCAGCAAAAGGUUUAGAAUAUCUACAUGACAAAGCAAAUCCUCCAGUCAUAUACAGAGACUUAAAAUCAUCCAACAUUCUUCUUGAUGAAGGAUACCACCCUAAAUUAUCUGAUUUUGGUCUUGCAAAACUCGGUCCAGUUGGCGAUAAAACACAUGUCUCCACCAGGGUGAUGGGCACAUAUGGCUACUGUGCUCCUGAAUAUGCCAUGACAGGUCAGCUCACCUUGAAAUCCGAUGUUUACAGCUUCGGUGUUGUCUUCCUUGAACUUAUAACUGGAAGAAAAGCCAUCGACAAUACCCGUGCUCCUGGAGAACACAAUCUUGUUGCUUGGGCACGACCACUUUUCAAGGAUAGGAGGAAGUUUCCAAAAAUGGCGGAUCCAUUAUUGCAAGGGCGUUAUCCAGUGAGGGGACUUUACCAAGCACUUGCAGUUGCAGCAAUGUGUUUACAAGAACAAGCUGCAACAAGACCUCUGAUUGGUGAUGUUGUGACUGCUUUAACAUACUUAGCCUCUCAACCCUACGACCCUGAAGCGGCUCGAGCCGAGAGAAGUGCCAGAGGCAGCGGCUCCGGUACACCCAGGAGCCGAGCUGACCGGAGGAACCCCAGUGAUGGUGGUCUUGAUGACUCCAUGCCUCGGGCCCAUGGUUCACCUUCCACUUACAAGAACUCACCUGAUUACAGAAAGAGGGAGUCUUUGAGAGAGAUCAACACCCGUGGUGCUGAUCUUGCGGAUGGUGAAAGCAGUAAUGGUGGUGGUGGCUCUGGCCGGAAAUGGGGGGUGGUGGAGGAUUCUGAUUCUCAGAGGAACAGUCCGGCGAAUACCAGUAGCAGAGGCCGGAAUCGGGAUCUUGAGAGGGAGCGGGCGGUGGCCGAGGCUAAAGUUUGGGGGGAGAAUUGGAGAGACAGAAAGAGAACAAACACAACUAGUGGUGGUGGUAGUGGUAGCGGCGGCGGUGGCGGUGGUGGUGGUAGUUUUGAUGCUACAAAUGAGUGAUGGGGUUGAAGGUUGGUGGUUACAUGUGUUUUUUUUUUUUUCUGUUUUCUUUUUUUCCUGGCAAAUAAGAGUGAGUUCUUAUGAUCAACUUUAGCUCUACUUGCUGAUUGUUCUUCGUAUGUUGGUUUAACGAUAUUGUGGUGGCAGAUAAGAGAGGGGAAGUGCAGUUGGGAGGGGUGUUGACUUUUGUAAAAAAAAAAAAAUUAAGAUUUGCUUUGACUGUUUAUGCAACCUUCGUAAUUAUAUCAUGGAUUUGAGUUAAAAAAAAAAAAAGCUUGGUGGCUCGUGGGUGGGAUUUUUUGUUUGUGUUUUUGCGUAUCUAUGUAUGUAUCCUCUUGUAUCAGAUGUCCGUAUGGGUACAAUUUGAAUCGAAUUCUGAUGUUUCAUGUACACUUAUCAGUUUUUUUAUGUAUCUAUUAUCGGUGAUUUUAGUCUCACAAA